GCAUGCCUUUUCCCUUGUCAUCAUUUUGUCUCGCGCUCUCUCUCGCACACACAAAAUUCACCAAAACUCACCCCAGACAAUCACCAAACAAGCUCCCCAAUCUCUUCCUCCUCCUCCACCACCACCUGUAAGUGUUCUUUCUUUCUAUCUAUUUGCAAAUAUUCCUACUUUAAUUAUUAUAUUCUCGUAUAUCUAUCCUUUUAUACAGUUCUUGAUUUUGUAUUUCCAUAAAUAAAUCUAUAUGGGUUGCACUGCAAGAGAGAAACAUGUCCGUGCUAAUCGGAGGGUUCCCCGUCCUGCCAAUUACACUGAAUUCGAUCCCUGUGUUUAUGCCAAAACCCUUCUUGAAUCGGGUCUCAAACCCUUAGCUUACCAUCUGGGCCUUCACGAUCCAACCCAUAGCAACAACGACAAUAACUCCAAUUCUAAUUUUGAUGAUAACGGAUGGGGUUAUUGUACUGAGGAACAAUUGGAAGAGAUUCUUUUAAAAAAUCUUGAAUUCUUGUACAAAGAAGCCAUUUCUAAGCUUGUUGGAUUAGGUUAUGAUGAGGAUGUUGCGUUAAAGGCCAUUUUGCGCAAUGGGCAUUGUUAUGGUGGCAUGGAUGUGCUAACUAAUAUAUUGCACAAUUCAUUGGCCUUUUUGAAUAAUAAUAAUAAUAAUAAUAAUUGUGGUGGUGGUGGUGGUGGUAGUACCGGAAAUGCAGAUGAAACUGAGCUUGUUUUUGAUGAUUUAAGGCAACUAGAGGAGUAUUCUCUUGCGGGUUUGGUUUGUUUGUUGCAACAAGUUAAGCCACAUUUGAGUAAAGGUGAUGCUAUGUGGUGUUUGUUGAUGAGUGAUCUUCAUGUGGGUAGAGCAAGUGCGCUUGAAAUUCCUAUUGCGAGUUUGCCAGGGAAUGGGAGUGGUAAUGUUCAGACUAAUGUAGAGAGUGUUGGUGGGGAUGAUAAUGGUAAUGGGAUUGGUGUUGUGGCCCCGGCUUUGUGUAGGUUUCAUGGAGGAUGGGGAUUUGGAAGUGGGGGAGGAUCUGAGUUUUCAGUUAAUGGGCUUUUCUCUUAUAGUGCAGAAAUGUCUUUGCAUAAGGAUAUUGAGUGUCCUAAAAGGUUUAAUCUAUCGCCUUCAAUGAAGUCUUUAUUGAAGAGGAAUGUUGCAAUUUUUGCUGCUGGUUUUAGGGCUAAUUCAAAACAGAUGCAGAUGCAACCUCAGUUGCAAUCUCAGGCUUGUAUGAGUGUUACUGCAGGUGGGGAUGCUGCCCCAGUUGUAAAGGCAAAUGAAGGUAUGGUCGAGAAGGGUGAGGAGUCUCAGAAUUUGAAGAACGAAGAUGGAGUUAGUUUGAUGCUGAGCAAGCUUCAGAAUUUGAAGCUUGAUGAGAAUUUGGAGAUUGUAGGAGAAGAUCAGAAGGAUGAGAUGAUGGUAACCCUGCUUCAACAGAUAAAGGAUCUUGAGAAACAAUUGAAGGAGCGGAAGGAGUGGGCACAUCAGAAGGCAAUGCAAGCUGCCAGAAAGCUUAGUAGUGAUUUAACAGAACUUAAAAUGUUGAGGAUGGAAAGGGAGGAGACCCAGCGAUUAAAGAAGGGGAAACAGACUCUGGAGGACUCUACCAUGAAGAGGCUGUCUGAGAUGGAGAAUGCUUUAAGGAAGGCUAGCAGUCAAGUGGACAGGGCAAAUGCAGCUGUGAGACGGCUGGAGACAGAGAAUGCUGAAAUCAGGGCAGAGAUGGAAGCUUCUAAGUUAAGCGCAUCAGAGUCAGUAACAACAUGUUUGGAGGUAGCAAAGAGGGAGAAAAAGUGCCUGAAGAGGCUUUUGGCUUGGGAGAAACAGAAAACUAAGCUGCAGGCUGAGAUUGCAGAUGAGAAAGAGAAGAUCAAGGAGUUGCAGCGAUGUUUGGGCAAAAUUGAGCAGGCUCAGAAGGAAGCUGAGGUGAAGUGGAGGCAGGAGAUGAAGGCCAAAGAGCAAGCUUUGACCUUAGUGGAAGAGGAAAGAUGCGCCAAGGAAGCUGCUGAGGCUGAAAAUAAAAGGAAGCUUGAGGCUUUGCGCCUAAAGAUAGAGAUUGACUUCCAGCGCCACAAGGAUGAUCUCCAAAGACUUGAACAAGAGUUUUCACGCCUGAAAUCUGCUGCAGAGUCCACUGAGUUGAAUAAUCAGUCAAAUGCUUUACCCUCGGGAAAGUCUGAGAGGGCAAAGCCCCAAGGAGAAACAAUUGCUAGGUUGCUUCAUGAAUUAGAUAAACUGGAAAAUUCGUCUGAGAAAGGAGCCAACUGUGACAGGGAAUGCAUGAUUUGUCUAAAAGAUGAAGUCUCUGUUGUUUUUCUCCCUUGUGCUCACCAAGUUAUAUGUGCAAGUUGCAGUGAUAAUUACGGGAAGAAGGGGAAAGCUACUUGUCCGUGCUGCCGGGUUCCAAUUGAACAGAGAAUCCGUGUUUUUGGUGCGAGUUCAUAGACAAAGUUAGGCAUAAGAAUAAAAAGAAAACGCAGUUUUCCCCCUGGUAUGUAUAUGCAAUCAUAUACUGGCAUGCUAUGGGAACUUCUUUUUACAUAUACUCGUCUUACUGCUGGUACUUCAGCUAAAUACACUGGAUGUAUGUAAAUAAAAACAUGUUUUCAGCCA